GUCUACAUAAGUGAUUCUAUUCACGUCUGAUCUGUGUCAAACGCUAACACUCAUCCGGGCGCAAUCACAACCUACCUUCACACUUCUCUGACCGCCGAGAUGGCCCAACCAACUCAAGAGGAGAUGGACGAGUACAAAGACGCGUUCGCGUUAUUUGACAGCGAAGGCGAAGGCAAGAUUGAGUCGGACCAGAUCGGUUGCCUGCUUCGCUCUUUAAACCUCAACCCGGAUGAUGAAGACAUUGUGAAGAUUGAAAAAGACGUGGGCAAUCGCCGUGUCACGUUUGAGGAGUUCCUGGCCAUCUUCUUGGCUGAGAAACAAAAGGCAAAAUCGGUCACUGCCCAGCAGUUUAUCGACACGUUGAGCGUUUUUGACAAGGACAAUGCUGGCAAAGUCGCCUCUGGUGAACUACGUCACGUGUUGACCGCGCUCGGCAAUAAACUCAGAGCCAAAGACGUGGACAUUUUAUUUGAAGAUGUUGGGGAGCAUGCCGGAUUUGUCAACACUGCAGAUUUCGUCAACAUGAUAAUGUCGAAUUAGCACAGAAGACCACUAUGCUGUACUAUAACAUGAAGUUUUUAUCAACGAUCAGUUAAUGGAAACAAUUUAACGACAAUAACACAAUCGAUAUGGCCUUGGCCUUAUUUUUUUCCUGAUUUCCAGGGCUUACAAAUUAAGAAAAGUAUAAAUUGAUCAAAAAUAUGGAAGCACUUCUUUUUACAUUUUAUUAAAGAUAAUUUUUACUUUU